UUGAGAGACAAGAAAUUUUGUCACUUUAAUUGCAAUGAAGUUAAUAGGUAAAAUAACAAUGUACCAAAGUUACCAAUAGAUGAUGACAAUUUAAACGCUAUUUAAUUACAAUAGUUUCUUUUUCUUUGAUUAUUUUAAUGGUAAUGGUAAUAUUAUUUAUUUCAAUUUAAUUUAAUUUCACUUUUUGAUUAGCUUCUUGCCAACCAUAAUCAGCCUUGACUCAACAGUCUAUCAUAUCGAAAUGGUAAAUUGUCUCUAAAUUGUCAACAUAUUACUGUGUCCUAAUUACUUUGUCUUAUUCAUCGCCCACCCAACUUUGAACUCAAUACUUUAGCUGACUGGUUUUCACUUUGAUUGUCAAUACAAUUUGAGGCCAAAAGGCUAUUUACCAUUCAACUUUUACUUUUAUUCAGUUAACCUUCGUCACUCCUUCAUCUUCCUCCCACAACCUACCCAAUCAUCAGAUCAUUUUUUACAGCUCCUUCGUGUUCAAAUUGAAUUUCAAGUCAAUACUGGUUAAUCUUUAGCAUCUGAGUCGAGAAAAUUUUUUUAUUUCAUUUCCAUCUUUUCAUCAUGAUAAUCAUAUUUUCAAUCUUAUUUUUCGCUUCUUUCUCUGCAACCAAAGUCAAUGGACAAGGAGUCAACUUUACCGAUUGUGGUUCUGGUAAUGUUCGGGAAGUUCGUGUGAAACCAUGUUCAGGUGAUCCUUGCAUCAUCAAAUUGGGAUCUACUGUUGAAGUUGAAGCCGAUUUUGAAGCACCGAUCAAUGCCAACAGUCUAUCAGAAGUAAUCAAAGGUGUGGUUCGUGGACGAGAACUUCCGUUCCCAGAAACUCGAAAGGAUCCCUGCUCUGGUUAUAUCGUUCCAUCAUGUCCAAUCCGUAAAGGACAACAAUAUCUUUUCAAAGCAUCAUUUGAAGUGAAACCUUUCUAUCCUGCAAUUCCAAUCAAGGUUAAAUACUCAUUGACUGAUCCAAGUGGACGUUUGGUAAUGUGUGUCCAGGUUAAUGCAAAGAUUCACGAUCCAAAUCCAACCCCAAAGAAUUCAAAAAAUCAACGAAGAAAUCGUACCAAAAGUAAAAGGCCAGCGAUCUCAGAAUCUAAUUAG